AUGGAUGUGAAAUGCCCUGGCUGCUUGCAGAUCACCACAGUCUUCAGCCAUGCGCAGACCGUGGUGCUAUGUGGCAACUGCAACCAGAUGCUUUGUCAGCCAACUGGUGGCCUUGCUCGGCUCACAGCGCCUCAGCAUGUGAUGAACAGUUGUCUCAGACAAUCCCUUUUUGGUUCCCUUUAUAUAGGUAUUCCCAUGAAAAUAAACAUAGAGAUUGACAAUAGAUUGAUUAAAUAUGAUUAA